CCUCCGUUGCGAGCUUCGUCCUCCUUUCUUAUUUCAUUUCAUUCGUUCCCCAGAAACUCUCCUCAAUCUCCGUUUGUGGCUUUGUUUGUUUGUUUGUUUGUUUAAAAUUGCGUCUGUUUGGCCAUGGGUGAGACGCUCUUGCCAGCAAUCGGGACGGAGAUUCUGAUUCCGGCGUGUUCGUUGGUGGCAAUUGCCUUCGCGCUGCUCCAGUGGCUCAUCGUCUCCCGAGUCAAGCUCUCCCCGGGAGGCCUUGACUCCGCUGGUGCCAACAGUGGCUCCGGCAAGAAUGGCUACGCCGAAUACCUCAUCGAGGAAGAGGAUGGCCUCAACGAUCACAGCGUCGUCCUAAAGUGCGCUGACAUCCAGAACGCCAUCUCCGAAGGAGCAACCUCCUUCCUAUUUACGGAGUAUAGGUAUGUUGGUAUUUUCAUGGUGGCUUUUGCUGCAUUGAUAUUCCUUUUCCUUGGCUCUGUGGAGGGUUUUAGCACAAGCAACCAGCCUUGCACGUAUGAUGCAACCAAGCUGUGCAAGCCUGCUCUUGCGACUGCCAUCUUCAGUACUGUAUCAUUCAUGCUUGGUGCUUUCACUUCAGUGGUUUCUGGCUUCCUCGGGAUGAAAAUUGCUACCUAUGCAAAUGCCAGAACCACCUUGGAGGCAAGAAAGGGUGUUGGAAAGGCAUUUAUUAUUGCUUUCAGAUCAGGUGCAGUCAUGGGCUUUCUCCUUGCUGCCAAUGGUCUUUUGGUGCUUCACAUUACCAUCAAUCUCUUUAAGCUGUACUAUGGCGAUGAUUGGGGGGGCCUCUUUGAGUCUAUAACUGGUUAUGGUCUUGGUGGAUCUUCUAUGGCUCUGUUCGGCAGAGUUGGUGGGGGUAUCUAUACUAAAGCUGCUGAUGUUGGUGCUGAUCUUGUUGGCAAGGUUGAAAGGAACAUUCCUGAAGAUGACCCUAGAAAUCCAGCUGUCAUAGCUGAUAAUGUUGGUGAUAAUGUUGGGGAUAUAGCUGGUAUGGGAUCUGAUCUUUUUGGCUCAUAUGCUGAGUCCACCUGCGCUGCCCUGGUUGUUGCAUCUAUCUCCUCUUUUGGGAUCAAUCACGACUUUACUGCAAUGCUAUACCCUCUCAUUGUUAGUUCUGUGGGUAUCCUUGUUUGUUUGAUCACCACUUUAUUUGCAACGGAUUUCUUUGAAAUCAAGGACGUGAAAGAAAUUGAGCCAGCAUUGAAGAGGCAGCUCAUCAUUUCCACUAUUUUGAUGACCGUUGGGGUUGCAAUUGUUAGUUGGAUUGCACUCCCAUCUUCCUUCACCAUCUUCAACUUUGGAACUCAGAAAGUUGUGAAGAAUUGGCAAGUGUCCUUGUGCGUCGCUGUUGGUUUGUGGGCUGGGCUUAUUAUUGGAUUUGUAACUGAGUAUUACACUAGCAAUGCAUACAGUCCUGUUCAAGAUGUUGCUGAUUCCUGCCGGACUGGAGCUGCUACUAAUGUCAUUUUUGGCCUUGCAUUGGGCUACAAAUCGGUCAUUGUUCCUAUCUUUGCAAUUGCUGUUAGCAUCUAUGUUAGUUUCAGCUUUGCUGCUAUGUAUGGUAUUGCUAUGGCUGCCCUAGGAAUGCUGAGUACCAUAGCUACUGGAUUGGCCAUUGAUGCAUAUGGUCCAAUCAGUGAUAAUGCUGGAGGCAUUGCUGAGAUGGCUGGCAUGAGCCACAGGAUCCGAGAGAGGACUGAUGCCCUUGAUGCUGCAGGGAACACCACUGCUGCUAUCGGAAAGGGCUUCGCAAUUGGUUCAGCUGCUCUGGUUUCCCUGGCCCUCUUUGGUGCUUUUGUGAGCCGUGCUGGAAUCUCAACAGUUAACGUAUUGUCUCCGAAAGUGUUCAUCGGUUUGCUUGUGGGAGCAAUGCUUCCUUACUGGUUCUCUGCCAUGACGAUGAAGAGCGUGGGAAGUGCAGCUCUGAAGAUGGUUGAGGAAGUGCGCAGGCAAUUCAAUACCAUCCCAGGUCUCAUGGAGGGCACUGCCAAGCCUGACUAUGCUACCUGUGUUAAGAUCUCCACUGAUGCUUCCAUCAAAGAGAUGAUCCCACCUGGUGCCCUUGUCAUGCUCACACCCCUUAUUGUUGGUAUCCUUUUUGGUGUGGAGACUCUCUCUGGUGUCCUUGCCGGAUCCCUUGUUUCUGGUGUUCAGAUUGCUAUCUCUGCAUCCAACACUGGUGGCGCCUGGGACAAUGCAAAGAAGUAUAUUGAGGCUGGUGCUUCAGAGCAUGCAAAAACCCUUGGUCCAAAAGGAUCAGAUCCACACAAGGCAGCUGUUAUUGGUGAUACUAUUGGGGACCCACUCAAGGAUACAUCUGGACCAUCUCUUAACAUUCUUAUCAAGUUAAUGGCGGUCGAAUCGCUCGUGUUUGCUCGCUUCUUUGCUACACAUGGUGGCCUUCUCUUUAAGAUCUGAAACAAGAGGAUGAGAAAAAAACACAAGGGUUGGGGGAUGAUUUGAUCAUUUGACCCUUCUGUUAUGAUCUUCAUCUUACACCUUUUGUCUUCCAAUGGCGCAUGCAUAUCAUUCUCUGCCGAUUCUUCUUUCUCUUGGUAUUUUCCCUUGCAAAAAUUAUAACCCAGUGUCUAGAACAUUUUAGCUUUUGAAAAAAAUCUCUCCCUCAGAGUGGGACCGGCAGAGAAAAUUUCUCCUUUUCAGGAAGGUUGAUGACGAUGAUGAUGAUAACGAUGAUGUGGUAGUGUUCAAUCUUAACAUGAGUUGGAACUCUGCUAUGUUAUUCAUUAUGCUUCAUAGUGAGACAGAUUAUUGCUUCUUUCC